AUGCCUCGCCCCCAAGCUGAGGAAGUGGAGGAUGAUUUCGCCGCCGAGGAGGAGAACAAACUGAUCAAUGAGGAAUACAAGACAUGGAAGAAAAACGCGCCCUACCUCUACGACGUCGUGAUCACACACGCGCUCGACUGGCCCAGUCUCACCUGCCAAUGGUUCCCCGACAAGGAAUCCCAACCCUCCAAACCCUACGACACCCACCGCCUCCUCCUCGGCACCCACACCUCCGGCCAGGCGCAGGACUACCUCCAGAUCGCCACCGUCCAGAUCCCCAAGACCUCCGGCCCCUCCUCCGACAAGCUCGACCACUCGUCGUACGACGACGAGCGCGGCGAGCUCGGCGGGCACACGCUCCCGCCCGCCCCGCGCGUGAAGAUCGUGCAGCGCAUCAACCACGACGGGGAGGUCAACCGCGCGCGGUACAUGCCGCAGAACGCGGACCUGAUCGCGACGAAGGCGGUCAGUGGGGAGGUGUUUGUGUUCGAUCGGACGAAGCACUCGAGCGAUCCGGAUAGGAGUGGGCAGUGUAAGCCGGAUAUCCGCUUGGUGGGGCAGAGGGGGGAAGGCUUUGGUCUGGCUUGGAGUCCCGUAAAGCAGGGUCACAUCCUGAGUGCCUCGGAGGACAUGACGGUGUGCCACUGGGACAUAAACGCAUACGCAAAGAGCAACCCCUCCCUCGAGCCCACUACAGUAUUCCGCGGACAUACCUCGGUCGUCGGCGAUGUUGACUGGCAUCCGACGAAAGAAAAUGUUCUUGCCAGUGUUGGAGAUGACAAGAUGCUGAUGAUCUGGGACACUCGUGCAUCCAAAGAGCCGAGCAACAAGAUCCUGGCCCACGACAACGAAAUUCUAUCUGUUGCAUUUAACCCGGCAGCAGAGCACCUCAUCGUCACCGGCAGCGCUGACAAAACCGCCGUCCUUCACGACUUGCGAGUACCAAACCGCAAGCUGCACAUCUUCGAGUCGCACACGGACGAAGUUCUGCACGUCGCAUGGUCGCCACACAACCCGACCAUCUUCGCAAGCGCCUCGAGCGACCGGCGAAUCAACAUUUGGGACCUCUCACUUAUUGGUGUUGAGCAGACGCCCGACGAUCAGGAAGACGGCCCACCGGAGCUGCUCUUCAUUCACGGAGGCCACACCGCGCGCCCGACCGACUUCUGCUGGGCGCCCGGCGCGGAGGAGAACUGGAACCUGUCGAGCACGUCCGAGGACAACAUCGUCAUGGUCUGGCAGCCAACGAUGCGCGUGUGGGCCGGUGACGAGAUCCGGGUGGACGAGAAGGAGCUGGAGGACGACGCGAUGGAGGGCGUGGAGGCGAGCAGCGCGGCGGGCGGGUCGGGUGGCCCAUCGAGUCAUGCGGGAGCAUCGGGAGCGGGCAAGCCGGGCGGCGCGCUGGGGCUGGAGAUGGGACCUGCGGCGGGAGAGGGAGAGGCGAAGAGGGAGCAGAGCAUGAGCAGCCGGAGUAUGAGCUUGGGUGAUGAUUGA